AUGUGGCUUGUUAUUUGUAUUGUGUUGUUGCAUUCACCUUUUUUAAGUGCCGAUACAACGCAGAGUCUGAUAUUCGUAACGCAAGAGGGACAAGCACCUGGGACGUUGAUAGGUGACGUUGCAACGAUGUAUGAAGAGACUUAUGGUGAAAUCGUCGAAGGGCCAUUCUUUUUAUCACCGGCAUCUCCAACAGUUUUAGAGCAUUUACAAAUUGGGGAUGACGGGGAAAUUAGAACUAAAAUAAUUUUAGAUAGAGAGAACGAAGACUCGUACGACUUCAUUGCUAUCACGAUGACCACUUCAAUUGUAAUUUCUGUACAGGUUUUAGUGACAGACGCAAACGAUAACCCACCCCGCUUUACACACGAAGUUUCUUACAUUGAAAUUUCGGAAGCUACUCCAAUAGGGGCGAAAAGAUCCAUCGAUGAAGCCCGGGAUGCGGAUGAAGGAAUUUUUGCAACACAAACAUAUGAAAUUGUAUCGGGCAAUGUGGAUAGUGCUUUUCGAUUAGAUUUUCGAGAAGGCGGAGGUGUCCGAGACCGAGUUCUGUAUUUGGAUCUUGUUGUGAAUAAUUAUUUGGAUCGGGAGACUAUUCCACGGUAUGAGCUUGUCAUACACGCUAUUGACGGAGGUGUGCCGGCCAAAACUGGCAGCACUCUGCUGAAUGUUACAAUCACGGAUGCAAACGAUAAUCAACCAGUUUUUAACCAGAGUCGGUACUCCGCGAGAAUUGCGGAAACAGCCUCGGUUGGAAGAAGUAUACUUCAGGUACAUGCUACAGAUAUUGAUGAGGGUUCAAAUGGAGCUGUUAGCUAUGACAUAAACAGAAGACAAAGUGACCCAGAGGAAUAUUUCAGAGUUAAUUCCCAAACUGGAGUUUUAUAUCUGAACAAGGAAUUAAAUUAUGAGGAUAAAUCGGUACAUGAACUCAUUAUUGAGGCCAGAGACAAUGGAACAUAUCCAGAGCGAAGUACAGCAUUUGUGACUGUCCAUGUGACAAACGUGAAUGAAAAUCCACCAAAUGUGGAAAUUUUGUUUCUUGGCAAUGGUGGAUUACCUUACGUUUCUGAAAAUGCCAUACCUGGUGAUUACAUCGCGAGGAUUACUGUGAUUGACCCAGACGAAGGAGAACUGACUAAUGCCAGCAUCAGUCUUGAUGGAGGUGAUGGCAAAUUUGGAAUUGAAGAGGUUGAUAAUAUAAUUUAUUUAGUUUGUGUCGAGCAGCCAUUGGACAGGGAGGAACAGUCUAGUUAUGACAUUAAAAUUACUGCACAAGAUCAUGGGCUUCCACCUUUACGAACAGAAAAAAUUGUGACAAUUACUAUUACUGAUAUCAAUGAUAAUGCUCCUCAUUUUGACCAAAGUGUCUACUAUGCUUCGGUCAUAGAAGUUGCGGACCCAGGUACAUCAGUGUUCCAAUUGGUUGGUUGA